CGAUUUGCGAGAGCGAGAGCACCGCCGGCGAGCCGACGCCAGCUGCGCCCGCCGCGGAGCCUCCGCCCGCCGCAGCGCACGGCAGUAUGCAAGAGCAGAGCGGCGACGGCGACACCGAACCGGCGGCGCCCGUGGUUGGCGCGCUCGAGGAUUUCCAGCGCCUCCGCGUUCUCCUCGUCGAGGACGAGGACUUUUCGGCGCGUGUGAUGCAGGUCUUUUGCGCAAAGUGCGACUACACGGUGCAGACGGUGCGCUCGUCCGAGGAGGCGCUCGAGCAGCUCGCCGCCGACAAGGAGCGGCCGGCCGCCGAGCGGUUCAACCUCAUCCUCCUCGACAUCGUGAUGAAGGGGAUGUCGGGCAAGGAGCUGCUGCGGCGGCUGCACGAGCUGCAGGGGCCGGACGACCAGGUGUGCGUCGUGAUGGUCUCCUCCCACUCCCAGCGCGAGAUGGUCGAAGAGUGCCUUCGGUCGGGCGCAGAGUCGUACCUCGUCAAGCCGGUCCGGACCGAGGACGUCGCGCGGCUGUGGCAGGUUGUGAUGCGGCACCACCUCUCCGCCCUCUCGCGGCGCCAGGCGCGGCAGCGGGCGGAGAUGGCGCGGCUGCGCGCCGAGACGCUGGCGGAGCGGGAGCGGGUGCGGCGGGAGAGGCUCGAGCUGGAGCAACAGGCGCGAGAGAUGGCCGAGAUGCAGUCGAGAUGCAGUCGAGAUGCAGUCGAGAUACAGUCGAGAUGCAGUCGAGAUGCAGUCGAGAUGCAGUCGAGAUGCAGUCGAGAUGCAGUCGAGAUGGGCGGGAGGAGAGGCUCGAGCUCGUGCAACAGUCUGCUGCUCGACCGGCGGCGGAUUGCAAUCUCGGAUCGGGUCGGGCAGUGCUCGGGCGGCGCCCGGAUAGUCUGCUGCCUGCCGGGCAUCGCCGGCUUGUUGCGAGCGGUUGAACGAUGAGCAAUAUACAUUGCCUGUUCAAUGCCGGGAAGGAG